CCGUUACUCACCGGUGGACAUUGCUCGAGUUUCGAAGGAGUUUUCUUCGGUGUCACCCGUGAGAUUUCCCGCGAAAUGAGGCUGACAGGAGCAAAUCGAGACCUGGAACCGAUGGAGAUGAAAGAGGACCGGUGACCGCUCAUAGUCUCUCCCCGAGGAAGCCCAGGUGAACAGGAUCUCAGACGCGGCGGUGACCGUCGUGCAUAGGAUGCGAGGUCGGGCGUUGGCGACGCGGUUCACCGGGUUGGGCCGGUCGUCGGUGAUCCCAGUCCGGGACCGUCAUCGUCGCCCGCGAUGAUGUCGGAACGGAGUCGCGUAGCAGCGGUGUCGACGGUCGAUCACGCGAGCGUUCGCGUUAGUUACGUUGCGUGCGCGACGGGAUAAAUGCGAGACCGAAACCCGGUUGUCGGCGGGCCGGUUGUCGCGACGACGAAGAGGAAGAAGAAAAAGGCACGCCCUGUGUACCUGGGGUACGAGGAUCGCGACCGACGGCAGUACCAGCCGAUCUGUCUGUGGAUGAGAGCCGCCGCGUCCACGGCAAAGAAGACCGGCGACGGUUGGUUGGAUGUAGAACAGGAAGAAGACGACGAAGAGGAGGAGGGGUCGUUGCGCCGGGUCCCGGUUAGACGACACUCGGACCUGGCGGUGCUGGACGAGGAAGAGGACGCGGUGGAGUUGGUGGUUACGGGCCGAAUCCCGUGUUACCAUCGGCAAGGUCGGCCUACAACCAGCUGGACUGGACGGGCUCGCGGGUUUUCGUGGUAAGGCCGAGGGUUGCGUGUGCCACCACGGGGGCGGGAGUGGGUCUGCCCCUGCUUCUUCUCGUCGUCGGUGUCCUCGGCAAUCAAACGUGCACGACGACGGCUGCGCCGGUGGUAUCCGAUACGUACGUGUCCCUCGACGCUACGCCUCCUCGUCUUCUGCCUCGAUCGCCGGAUGACGACCGUUCGCCACCACUAUACACGGCCAACCGGCGAACGACCGCUGGCCGGUUUCCCGAUCACCUACCCGGGCACCCUUCGUGCUUGGAUCAUCAUCCAUCGAGCGUAGAACUGGAUUAUCACGGGGCGCACGAGGCCCGAGACGGUGAUUGGUCGCCCCGGGAUCCAGCUAGCACCGAUAACGCCGGGACGAAGGAUCGUUCUUCGCCAGGCGAAGAGGCAAGAACAGGAGGAAGAGGAGGAGGAGGUCUGGCUCACGAGUGGACCGAGUCGAAGCAGCAGGUCGCGGCUAGUCUCCUGGACGAUCGGGGAUCAACCUUAGACCGUGAGCUGGAGCCGUACUGGCUCCGAGCAGCGUUCUCACGGAGACGUCAUCAGGAAUCCUUGUCCGGUAUCGUCGGAGGUGGCGAACGGGUACGUCAGGCGACUGGCCACGAUAGAUCCUUUAAGCCCGUGACGAAGGACAGUUCAACCAUCCCGGAUCUCGAGGAUUCUGUCGGCGGGAGGGAGUCGCCGUCUAACGGGCGCGCUUCGCCGACGAUUACGACGGCGCCGGUGAUCAACGGGAGCACCGUACUCUAUCCGGUUGUCCGAACUGCGUCGCAGUUGCUCGAGGACGAAGUGGCACACAGCUCGAACGAGGAAACGAGGGAAAACGAACGGAAAGGGAAGGACGGAGGAAUAGGUGUCGCGGGUAAAAACGGGGGUGGGCACGCGGGUAUCGGUGGUGGUGAGGUCAUAGGUGGUGGUGGUGGUGGUGUCGUCGAGUGGACCACGACAACAGUCGCCGGGCCGAUGUCAUCGUGGUCGUAUCAUCCUGAAGACGAGGAGCCGGGAGCUGGAAGCGUAAGGACACGCCCGAGCCCGGAGGAGGUGGCGAGCGAGGACGAAGAGGCCGAGAGCAGCGAGGAACAGGUCAAGGUCACCGUAGCGCAGCCGACCAAGGGCUCGUCUACGUCGACGCAGCCGACUACGACCACCACGCAGCUACCACCACCCAGCCAAGACACCUCUAUGGAAGCACUGAGCGCAAGCAGCUACAUAGUGUCAGUGGUGCUCGUCCUGGUAGUCGGAGCACUGGUGGGUGUCCUGGCGACGGUAUCGCAUCAUCUUCAUCAUCGCCGGUUGCUGCUGCACGAGCCGGCCUCCGCCUCGAUCUUGCAUCACCAUCGGCACCAUCAUCAUCGUCAUCAUCGCGAGGAACUGCCGGCGUCACAUCAGCGACGUCUCCUGCUGCAGGAUCACCAUCGUCAUCCUGGCACACCGAUGCUGUCGGUGAGCCCAGGAAUGGAGGUAGGCAGCGGCGGUCACGGUGGCCUCGGUGGUGGACUGGAGGGUGAUCCGAGCGGUGGUGGCGCCGGCGUGGGCGACGGCGGCGGCGGAGGAGGCGGCGGAGUCGGCGAAGGAGCCACCGACGGGAUGCAGGAAGCGAUGGUCGCCGCCGCCAGGGAUAGGGCGAUCCGCGCCGGAAGUGUCCGGCAGGACCUCGCCCUCGACCUACCCCCGCGGCUCCAACUUCCGGACGGCGAGGAGCGUCCGUACGGAGCGCACACCGCCCUCCAUCUGCGCGACCCCGAGCAGGAAAGCGAGAUAUACCAGAACUGCGUGCGACCGCCGCCGAACCGGACGGUGUUCGACAGCGAGAGCCCGCCGCCGUAUAGGAGCCAAUCGGCGUUGCUGGACGCGCCGGACCGGAUAGUCCGUUGCCACAGCGCGGGAAGCUCGUUGCUGAGGGUGUUCCGAAAGUUCCCGAGCCCGGGCAGCUCGACGCCGGCGGUGGUGGUGCCACCCAGGAGGCCGACAUUGUCCAGUUAUUCCGAGUCGAGCAGCAACCUGAGCAACCUGUCCAGCCUGACGGUGGUGCCGUGCGAGACGGACGAGAGCCAGCAGCAGCAGCACCACAAUCACCAUCAGCAGCACGUCUGAUCCGAGGCGCGGCCGAGACGAAGGAGAACACUCGAGGCCGCGGCGGCGCCGGGGGCCGAGCGAUUCCCCGGGGUCGACGGACGCCGCGCAAGGAUCUCGUGGAAGCGGCGACGAGCCGGCGGCGCGGACCAAGCGGAACGGAACAAGGAACUAGCUGACGAGGACGGGACGCACGGGAAAGACGAAGGGAAGAAGGAAACAGAAGACGAUGAAGGGGAUGACGAAGAGGAUGACGAAGUGGACGACGAAGAGGACGAAGAUAUCGAAAGUGGCGAGGUGAAGAAGGACACCGGGAUCGUCGUCGUCGUUCUGCCCUCGAGAAUCCUCGAGGCGUCGAGGAUCCCUCAAGACUGACUUGCAGGAGAAACUUCGGCCAGCCGAUGCUGCCUCCUCGCGUCCCGCGCAGAUGAAAGCGGAUUGCCCGGGCGAGUGGCCGCGGCAGCGAGAUCCCGCUGACUCCGGGAAAGAAAGACAACCGAGGACAAAGAGACCGACGAGAUCCUCCCGGCGACCGGCUGGAUGGUACUCCAACAGUCCCGGGGACGUUGAAGGCGACGCUGCGCGGUCCUCGUCGUUGAAGUGGGAGGAGGGUAGUGCCGGGCUGGUUUUCGGGUGUCGUGGGUCCUGCGAUGCACCCUACAUUUUUUUUUCCUCGAUGCUCGUCGCUGACAGCGAUAU